AUGAGCGAGUUCAAUGCUCGGUUGACCGCUAGGCCUGAAGGCAAUAGUGACAGUGUGACAGCUGUGAAGAAGCUGCUUGACAACAAUCGAUUCUCCGUUCUGCAGGACAGUGCAGAGCCGGUGAUGGUAACAACAGGACCGCCGAAAAAGAACAGAAUGCCGCCCUUCUACGUGAAAGGCUUCCAUCCCGGACUGCAGGAAAAAAUAAACUUCUUCAUCACGAAGGGCGUCCGGUGCACCAUCCAGCUGUGCACAGAGGGAUACAAAUUGAGGGUACCGGCGUUGAACCAUUACAAGAUGGUUCAGACCAUGCUGGACCAAGCACAGGGGGAGUAUUUUUCCCACAACAUCGAGGCUAUUAAGCCACUCAUGGUGGUCCUACGAGGACUAUACUACAUGUACACAAGCGUCCUUUUGGAAGAGCUGGUGGCUAAUGGAUUGAAGUCGGUCCAAAUUCACAAGAUGGCCCGCCACAACAAGGCUGUCAAGUACCGUGACCAGCAAUACCUGGUCCACCUUGAGAAGAAUUCAACAAGUCUGAAGGACCUACAGGGCAUCCGCGUCCUGUUCAACAUCAUGGUGAAGUGGAAGUGGUACAAUCCAGUUAGCCGCGGAGUCACCCAAUGCUCGAACUGCCUGCUGUUCGGGCAUGGAACGAAGAAAUGCCAUAUGGCAAGCCGGUGCACCAAGUGUGGGAAGCAACAUUGA